UCUCGUUACGCCAUCUUUGUUGGGGAGCUGUCGUGUUUAGAAAAUCAGGAUUAGGUUCAGCGCAGGUUUAUCUAACGCAGCCUGGUUUAUUCAACCCCUUGUGUUGUGUGGCAGACGGGACUAACAGCUGGUCCACCGCACUCAGACAAUGUCUUCGGAAAACCUCGACUCGGACACCCAGGUGGAGUACGAGGACGAAAAACAGGACUUGCAGGAGAAAAAUGCAAACCCAGUAAAGGCAGAGGAGGCCAAGCUGAAGGCUAAGUAUCCUGCUCUGGGCCAGAAGCCUGGCGGGUCCGACUUCCUGAUGAAGAGGCUACAGAAAGGGCAAAAGUACUUUGACUCGGGAGACUACAACAUGGCCAAAGCCAAGGUGAAGAACAAGCAGCUUCCUGUGGCCGGACCCGAGAAGAACCUGGUAACCGGUGACCAUAUCCCAACGCCGCAGGAUCUACCGAGAACGAGGAAGUCAUCCUUGGUGACCAGCAAGCUAGCUGGCUAGCCUUCGCCAUCUGAGAGGCAUCUUCGACACCAUCCCCCCAGGACUCCACCUUACCCCGUGUUCCCAACAUGUCCACUCCUCUCCCCUCUCUCUCUUCCUUUCUCAUCCCGAGGCACCACUGGCUUUAACAUAUUGGGCAGAGUUGUAUAAGUUAAAACUCCUGUUGUGCUUGUAUGUGGGUGGUCUGGGCUUGGGCGGUGGUUCGGGUGGCCACAAAGCCGCAGCCCUCUCUGCCUUUGCACCACGCACAGCUCUGUUCUUUCUGCGCACUCUGCUCCACCGCCUCCCUUAUAUCUUGGUUUGUAGUGUUCCAAGAUACAUUACAGCAGGUGUGUGUCAUCAGGCAGGGUUGGAGGGGCGGAUUUAAUGCACUUUGUAUUCUGUAUAGUAUGUUUAUUUCUCUUUUUAUUGCAUCCUGAACGACACCAAAACAAUGUGUGUGACGGCGUUAGGAGCCGUGGCUGCAGUUUGUUCUUUGAUCUUUGCGUUUCUAUCCUUUGCCGGUGGCUGAUAUAAGCAGUGGGGAGGUGUCGGAAGAAGUAUGUGAAUAGUCGCUUGCAUACCAAAUCAAUAAGAGGGGAAGGUAGUUUUAACUUUUGGGAAAAGAAUGGAGCAUAUGAGGCAUCUCACAUGUCAGUCAGUUUUAUCCAAUGGAACCUGAGGUCAUCCGCUGCAGCUCAGGCAAAUGAGAACUGAAAACUUUAGAUUUUUGUCUCUCUGCUGAUGUUGUCCCACCCCCUCUGCUCUUGUUCUCGCUAAAUAUGCUGCAUGAUUGUUAAAAGACACGAAAUCUAAGUAUUUUUAACAGCAGAGGGGCAUAUGCUUAUUGAUUUAGGUGAAAUAUCAAAGCAAACCCUGUCCUGACAAUCCAUUUACAUGCACACAUAUUUGCAUCUAAACAAAGUGUUUACUAUAACCUAAAAGAUUUAUGUGGGGGUGGGGGGAAUAGAGAAGCUCUGUACAGAGUUUAUGCUUCGGUAAAUCAACCUUGCACAAGCACGUAAUUUGCGUUAACCGUGGUGCUUUGAGGACUAGUCCAGAUAGCAUGCCUUAGAGAAUCAGGAGCACAGAAUCAACUAAUUUGGGAUUGUAUUGUUGAAUUUUAGGCUCAAAGUUGCUUUGCUUUAAAAAUAAUAAUAAAAAAACAACAUAAUAAAGAUCCAUACUUUAGCUGACCAAGCUAAGCCUUGAAUAGACUCUCAAAAGUGAUGUUUAAUUAUCUGUCUUGACACUGCAUCAUGAUGGGGCAGAACUUCAAAACAAUUAGAAUUUUUUGCGACGUUGAAAUAUUUGAUCCAGAUUUUUUUUCUCUUAUUUAUCCAUAAAAGUCAUUUUUGAAGUGACAAAAGUAAGUCAUUAGUUUCCAACUGAUGAUGUGGAGCGGCUCCCGUGCUUCAUUGGACUGACGAGAGUGAUUUUGAAGGCCAUUCGUAACACUUUCAAAACGUGUGUCAUGCUCAUUCAUCGCAGGCUAACAAACUACCAACAGAAAACACUAAUAAAUAAACUAUUUUGUUUACUUUCCUACAUUGUUGCUGGAAUAUAGAUCUACUACCUGCACCUUGCAGAUUUUUCUUCCCAAACUGACUCGAUUAUUGUUAUCAGGGCGUCUGUGUUCAAACAGCAAGUAACCUGAUAGGCGAAGCUUCAGAAAGCAUUGCCGGCUUUUUCAAGUGGCUUGCUCCGUGUCUACAAGAGCACAUAGCUAAGCAGAGAGGUUUUAUAACACAUGAUGAGGGGGCAAAGUGUGAGCAUGAACAAUGUGCCACGUCUAUCUGGGAUACAGCCUGUAAAACAGGUUAAUGGAGCGAUUGCAACAUCUCCAGACUUUGAAUGUGCACCCUUACACGCAAGUCAAGAAUUUAAACUGGAUAUGUGCACUUAAUCAAGGAAAAAUAGUAUAUAUUACUGCUUCAGGGAACUUUCACCAACUUACACUACUCCAUCAUGUAGGCGAAACCCACCACAUCUGCAACCUCACUUUUUAAAUGUGUCAAAUUUGCAGUGUGUGAAAGAGAAGUGACCUGUGCAUAUGAUCUUGUUAUGGUGCUGUAUGAAUGCAACACUUUUCUUCGUCUCAUCUAUUGUAAAUAGACUUCAACAGGAUUUGACUUUUGUUGUUUCCCACCUGCUUUUUGGUCUUUUUGUAGCCUGAGCUAUUUCUGAUUCAGUGGUUCCUCUCUCCUCUCAGUUUUAACACUACUUCUGCUGUAUAUCGGUGUUUUGCAGAGGCUCCAUGAAUCUGUUUGAUAAUGUGUGUAAAUGCUGCUGAUUCAAGGACAAAUCUGAGGUGAUACGCUGUAAAGAAUGCCUGUCCUUCUAAGUUUGCGUAAUUUUUUUUCUCUCUCGCAGUAUUUCCGUUUCAUAAUUGUUUAGCUUCUGAGGUAAAAUCUACUGGAUAUAAGACUGUUUUUAAUUACCAAUGAUUAGUGCUGAAAAGUUUUUUUUGUUUUUUUUUUUGCCACGUUGAUUAGCAAGAACUCACGAUUUAGCAUUACUUGGUUUUAAAUUUAACGUUUUGUGCUUUCAGAAAAAAAAAAGACUUGUUGAAAAUCAAAUUAAAAUCCAUAAAUGUUGAUGCACAGAGCAAACGAGAGGAAAUUGACUAGGUAUGUUUUAAACCUCACAAACAGGGUGUGUCAUCCAGAAGAGAAAUACAUGCCAGAAUGUAUAAACAAAUGACAGGCUAUGUAUUCUGAUACAUUUGUGCUGCUUUUAUCUUUGUGUUUUUCUUGUUUUGCAAGCAGAUGUUUCCCAUUUUUUGUUGUGCUCUUUUAUUGCAUAAUUGGUGUAUUUCAUCCUAUUUCUGGCCCAAGAUAGCUGCAAGGAGGUCAGAAGGACCCUUCCUUCUUUAAAGAAGGGGGGGUUUACAUGAUGAGGAUCACUGGAGAACAAAGGAAACAUUUUGACACUUCAGAAAGUACAGGGCUAUUUGGAAUGUUUGUUGUGUGGAAGAUGAGAGGAUUUUUGUCAGUAUUUGAAAUAAACUUUUACAUUAAUAAAAUA